GUUGCCUAACAUAAUACAAUGGAGUUGACGGACUGAGUACAGGGAACCCGGCAGCAGCUCUACUUCGUCGACAGCGAGUAGACGAUCCAACAUGGACGACAGAGGUUCCAAAGUGGGUAACGGCAAGUCGAUCAAACUUCAGACGAUUACCCUGUUCUCAGCUACAGCGCUUCUUCUGUCGAACACCGGCGGAGGGAGCAUUUUCAUAGCCUCUACGUCUAUGCUCAUUUACGGCGGUUCUCCGGGCGUCGCCUUGAUUUUCUGGCUUGUCGGAGGAUUGCUCAACUUCGGCCUGGCUUUCUGUUACAUAGAGGUUGCCCUCUUGUUACCUAAAAGUGGCGGAGCUUAUUACUACGUCAAGGAAGUGUUCGGAGCGUUCCCGGCGUUUGUGUUGUUGUGGGGUUUCAUCUUCACUAUCGGCGCACCUGCCUGGGCACUGUCCAGCUACACAGCCGCCCUGUACGUCAUCACGAUGUUAUUCCCAGAAUGUCCUCCGCCAGACGUGGCCACGAAGGUGCUAGCAGCAUGGUUUAUGGUGACGAUGAUUGUUUUGAACUGUCUGUAUAUGAAGUACGUCAUCAGAGUUCAGGCACUGCUCAGUGCUGGGAAGAUGAUCGCUAUGCUCAUUAUAAUCGCGGCAUGUCUCACUGCUAUUGGAUCAAGCUCGAAUGUUGAUAAUAUAAACGCCAUGUUUCGCGGUUCUACCACCGAUCCUGGAAAUAUCGCCCUGGGUUUGGCAUCUGGCUAUUUCGCAUUUGGUGGUUGGCAAAUGAUAUCCCUUAUAAUAGAGGAAGUGGAAAAUCCAUUGGUAAAUGUGCCUCGAGCCUUGAUAAUCACAUUCACCACUCUGAUAUUACUGAGUGUAUUCGUCAACCUCUGCUACUUCGUCGUCCUUCCUGCACGAGAUGUCCUCCUGUCAGACGCCGUGGCUGUGCUCUAUGGCUUCCGUAUCCACCCGGCUUUGGCGGUGGUUAUAUCGAUUCUGGUCACCACCUGUUCUGUUAGCGUGCUCAACAGCCUUAUUCUGGGACAGCCGAGAAUGAUAUUCGCGGCGGGUAGAGAAGAAGAAAUGCCGGCGAUAUGCGGCAUGAUUAGCAUGAAGUACCUCACACCCUGGCCUGCUACAUUUGUGUUGAGUAUACCCGCACUGCUGGUGCUGACGUCGGGCACCGUCAUGUCAUUCAUAGACAUGAUGGGUAUGUACCGCAAUCUGAUCACUUGUGCCGUUCUCGUCUGUUUGUUACGGCUACGGUGGACGCACGCCGACGUCAAACGACGUUUUAAGGUGCCGUUGAUGCUACCAGUGUUUGAGUUGCUGCUGUCGCUGGGCGUGUUGGUGAUGUCGGUGUGGAAGAAACCCGCCGAGCUGGGCACGUGUAUUGCUGUGAUAGCCGCAGGCGUCCCCGUCUACGUCGUCUUUAUUUUGUGGGAAUCCAAACCCAGGUGUUUCAAGUCACUAAUUGGUAGAUGGACGUGUUGCCUCCAGAAAUUGUUUUACCUCGUCAAGCCAGAUAGUUGAUUAUACUGCAGCUACAGAUUGUAUCUCGGUGAAAAAGCAUUUAUGCCCUAUUCUAAAGACUACGCACAGAGAAACUUGGCUUACACCAUCGACAUUUUCAGAAACUGUUUCACAUGCAAUAUCUUUCACUUCAAACGUAUUUUGAGCAGGAAUCAAAACUGAAUCGUUCAUAUGAAAUUCAAAAUUCGGUUGGUGAUUUCUGAAACCGAUUUUGAAGCACGAAAUGUUGUUGAACUGUAAAAGAGAAACUGGUCCUGAGACUGUGGUUGUUAUCCAUUACUUAAUCCACACCAGUGACGUCACACUAUUGUUCUAGUACUGACAGAACUUGUAUUUUGUAAACAAGUACAACGACUUAGACCAUGAGGACAAACAUCUGCAUAAAAAAAUAUAUUUGUAAUUUAAGCCUUAUACUAGUAAUAGUAAUAUGUUCUGGCGGAAUACCGCGA